UUUCAUACAGUUUGCUAACCGUUGUGGUGAGCGCGUUAAAGUGGCUCGAAAGAAAGUUAAACAAAGACUUUUUAAUCAAAUAAAUAAACACUUAAAAGUUAUUAAAGUAGUGCAGUGUUUCAGAGAUUUGUGGCUUUGCAGACCAGUAUAUGCAGCUAAAAGGCUGAACAACUACAACGAUUUGGAUACAUUGAUACAAGACCAACAACUUCCCAUACAUCAAUCAAUAAAAAGUCUAACAACAGCACUCCACCAGCUAUUAGCGCAGCGGCAACAACACGAGCAAAAACAGAAAAACGCUUGUACAUAAGUGCAGAUAAUAGCGGAGCCAACACACACACAGUGGCACACAUUCGAAGCCGGAAAUAGAUAAGUCAACCAGAAAAACGUGAACGAACGAGGCGCCGCAGAGCGCAGCGGUGUGCCACCAAGGGGGCGAAGAACUAGCGACCAAAAAGAGAAAAAGUCGCCGCCACAAACCAAAACAUUCGCAAUCGAACAACAACACUGCGCACCGCAACCGCUGUAAACAACUGAAGGAAACAUUUGAAAAGCGCGCCACAGCGACAACAAUAACAACAAUACGGCGAGAAGAAAGCCAACAAAGCAAGCGGAGGAUUCUGCGCCACAUCAAGGUCGUCUAGGAAUAAGGUGGGUACAUUUGUGUGUGCGCCUAAGCGAGAGCGCUAGACACUGAGAGAGUGCGAGCGGAAAGGAAAUAACUGCAAACAGUUGCGACAACAACAGCAAUAACAAUAAACAGAACAGCAACAGCAACAGCAAAGCAUAAACAAGUUUUACGCCAGUUGGCCAGUGUAAGGGAGGGCGCAGCAAGUGGCAAGUCGAAGAGCGCGUGUGCAGCAAACGAACAAGUUGUCGCAGACAAGUUCGCCAACGACUGUUGCAACGAACAUCGCAGCGGCGCUAUCAAACCAGCUGCAGCGGCACAGCAAGUACAACGGCCCACGACGAAAGCCAAGUUGGCGCUCCAAGUAGUAAACGGUUGUGCAGAGCAUUUGAACCACCACCACCAACACGCGCAGCAGCAACAACAGCGACGGCAAUAGCGCCGACAAUCAACAGUCAGCCCAUAUCAGCAAGCAGCGUGGUCUCGGCGGCCAGUCGCGUGCACUUGUGACUUCAGUUCGAAGCGGACAUUCGGCGCGAAUGCAAGUCAGGUAAAAUUCAGUGCUCAGCGAUAAAGUGUGAAAGUAAACACAAGUUGUUGACAAAGUCAUAAAUCGAGUUAUCAACAAACAAUCUAUUGCCACAAAGUCGAAGCCAGUGAUUCUAAACUACUUAGGCGGGUUCUGGAGUAAAAUAUUUUGCUUGGUGAAAAUAUAAUAAGUGAAACUGUGAACUUUUGUGAAAUUUUGAAUUUUAAAAAGUUGCUGUUGAAUACGUGAAAGUGCAUUUCCUCAAUCUGAAGAAUAUUUUAACUUCUUUCGUGGCUUUGGAGCAAAGGGCAGCUUUGACAGUGGAUUCCUCUUGCCCCAAAAGAAAAAAAUGCGAUAUGGACCGCGAACGCGAAAGAGAUACAAAAUCCCUCGAACCCCGCGAUCUGUCAUCGACGGGACGUAUCUUUGCCAGAGGCGACAUUAAAAUAAGCGCCUCACCCACUGUCUCACCGACGAUCUCGAAUUCCUCCUCGCCCACACCCACACCGCCAGCCAGCUCAUCGGUGCCCCCAAUUGGUUUGCCGACCAGCGUGGGUGGCGGAGCAUCCAGCGCUCCUGGUAGCACGUCUGCCGCCAGCGCCAGUUCCUAUUUGCAUGCCAAUCACAAGCCCAUUACCGGCAUACCGUGCGUAGCAGCUGCCUCGAGAUACACGGCACCCGUACAUAUCGAUGUGGGUGGCACGAUUUACACUAGCUCAUUGGAAACGCUCACCAAGUAUCCGGACUCAAAGUUGGCAAAGCUCUUCAACGGCACCAUACCGAUUGUGUUGGACUCGCUGAAACAGCACUAUUUCAUUGAUCGUGAUGGGGGCAUGUUCCGACACGUACUGAACUUCAUGAGAAACUCAAGACUUUUGAUUGCCGAUGAUUUUCCCGAUCUCGAAUUGCUGCUCGAGGAGGCACGUUACUUUGAGGUGGAACCGAUGAUCAAACAACUGGAGAGCAUGCGCAAGGAUCGCGUACGCAAUGGCAAUUAUCUAGUGGCGCCACCAACACCUCCGGCACGCAUCAAAAGCAGCCCGCGCACCAACUCCUCCCCCGAAUAUAAUUACGAAGUGGUCGCAUUGCAUAUAUCACCCGACUUGGGUGAGCGCAUUAUGCUCUCCGCCGAGCGUUCACUACUCGACGAAGUCUUUCCCGAAGCCAAUCAGGGCACACAGACCAGCCGCAGCGGCGUGUCGUGGAACCAGGGCGAUUGGCGGCAAAUCAUACGCUUUCCAUUGAACGGCUACUGCAAGUUGAAUUCGGUGCAGGUGCUGACACGCCUACUAAAUGCCGGCUUCACCAUCGAGGCGAGCACCGGCGGCGGCGUAGAGGGGCAACAGUUCUCCGAGUAUCUGCUGGUGCGCCGCAUUCCAAUGUGAUAGUCCUCUGGAUGGCAAUUUAUUUACGUUAAAGUAAUUGUUUAAACUUUAAGGAAUUUUUAGCGAGAAAAAUCAAAUAUUGAAAUAAUUCUUGAGCAGAAUCAAGCAAAUAAAGUAAUUUCAAGGAAAAGUAUGGCAUCUGCAGUGAAUACGUAGAAAAUUAAGAUGAAAGUUCAAUGUGAGACAUUUUUAAACACGACGCUCGCACACAGCGCAUUCGCACGCCAUUGCGCAUGCGAGUGUGUGUGUGUGUGAGGUGCGUUUGUUGGCGAAGAUGAUGCAAUAUGCCAUGCAUUUUUAAUUAGCUCGUAGUCUAAGGAUUUGCAAUACAUAUGUAUGCGUAUACUCAAUGUAACUAAAUUAAUUAAUUAGUGUUUUAAGCUCCUAGAGUUAAUUGAAUGAAAUACAAAAAUAAUUUAUUGUUCUAACUUUUAUAAUUUGACAAAAUUUAGUUUAGACGAAAACAUGUUGAACGCACUGAUUUGCUUGGCGAAUUGAUUUAUUGUACAAUUUUAGCUUAAAUCGUAAAAUUAUUGAGAUAUUGUUUACACUGAACGCCGCUGGAACUUCCGUUAAUUUAAUCUUAAGAGAAAGUUUUUAGAAAUCCGAUUUUAGCAUUUACAUGAAGAGAUUUUUUAGAAGGAGUCAAGUGAAAGUCGAUGAACUUAUGUACGCGCGUGCAUGCACUUCUUUGUGUGUAUGUGUGUGUUGCAUUUGCAUUAAACGUUUUAUGAAUGUAACUUUUACAGAAAAUUAAAUACUACAAUACAGACAUAACGUAUUGGAAUAAAUAAAAUCAACGCUCAUAUAUACAUACAUAAAUACAUACAUACAUCACAUUAGAUGUUUUGAAACGUGGUACUCAAUAAAUUAAUUAUGUAAAAUUAAUUACAUUAAAUGGAAAUAAUCGUA